AUGAUGACUGAAGAAAUUGAUACCACAUUCCUUACAGAACAAUCGAUGUUAUCAAGUGACGAUGAUGAAAGUUGGGACGCUUCAAUAAUUCAGUCAGAAGGAAAAUUACAUCUGUUUAGUCAAAUUGAACCAGAAUUACCUCCUCCUCGAUGUUCAACCCUAAUACUCAGAGAAGGCGGGUUCGAUUUCGACGAACUUAUAAGAAACUGUGAUGCUUACUGGGCCGAGUUUUCACCCUCGGAUUUGGAUUAUAUAAAAUAUUCGGAUUAUAUAGAAGAGAAACAGGAGAAAACGAAUCCUCCCUUCAAAAAUGUGCUUCUAUUAUCACUUUUGACAUUAUUUUCAACUAUGCCGAAGGAUUUAUGUGAUAAACUCCAACGCGCGCUCCAAAGAUUAGAACUGAAAUAUAACGUCGAAUACCUGAAACGAAAAUAUAAUAACUUACUGAAAUUGAAACAAAAACGUCAAAAUUUAAUCUCUGAAUCCAAAAACGAUCAGGAUAAUCCUUCAACAUCUGCAAACGUGGAAUAAAA